AUGAAUAUCCCUCCGUUCAGGCCGUCGCGUGCGCUUGCAUUCUCGCUGCUGGUUGUCUCGCUCAUAGCUUCGAAGUGCCUCCAUUUACUACAAUUCGCUGGCUCUGUUCCGCUAUUGCAUUUCAUCGUCUUCCUUCCGACGCUAUUCAUUUCGGAUGGCCUAGUUGCGCUGGUCGGUCGUGUUUUACUCCAUGGCGGGAGUGGUGGUGCCUUGCCGACCAUCGGUCUAGUGCUGGGGAGCUUUCUCUCGGCGGUUACUUUCCUGGCAGCUUCGUCACAGAUGGGUUUUUACUAUGUCACUGGAACCGAGAUGCAGUGGGAUAAUGCGAGGAAUGUUGCCUCAGAUCCUGCCGCUAUACGGAUAAUGCUCAGUGGGCUGCUCCAAGUAUCAGUCUCGGGGUUUGUGCUGUUGCUGUUGAGCUGGAUCUCGACACCAUUCCUUUACAAUAGGAUUGGGUAUUGGAUAUCAGGAGUUUGGAGGAUGCUCGUGGGCCCAAAGUGGGAGACGAUACUACCAACAGUGCGAAAUCAGCAUGAACAAUCACAGAAAGCGGGCAUCAGAGUCAAGCCGGUGUGCUUAUCUGUGGCUCUUGUGACGCUGGUCAUCCUGCAAAUAAUCCGGCCAUCAAUGCCUUAUGAGUUAAUGUCAACCACUAUCCCAGUAGCCAUGCUACGUAUGUUCUCAAGGCCUCACUCGCAUUCAUAUUCGAGUUCAGAUUCAGGCAAAUGCUCUUCGCACAUCGAGGCUUUCCCGCUUUCCAACCUCACCACACCAGUCUACUGGGAGACGCCGAACGGCAACUUCAAAGGCUGGGCACCAGGGCCAGAUAACGAUAUGAUCAGAAGCUACCGCAACCGUCGUCCAGAGUGGCUCCCAGCCACUCUCCCGGAUGGGUUCCAUCGAUGGGCCGCAAUAUCAAAGAACGAACAUUCAAAUACCACAUCGAACUCAACAGAAUGCAAUAAGAAUGUUUCGUCUACGUACUACUAUAACCCUGUUGCAGAUCCCAUGCGCAUCACUAACCUAGAUCUUGGGGUAUACAAAGGCCUGGAAGAGGUAUUCAGAAAGGAAUCAGUCCUGAUUUCCCAUGUAUUGCUAAUCACCAUGGAAAGUGCACGCAAAGACCUGUUCCCUAUGCAUGAAGGCUCGUUUCUGCAUAAGGCUAUACUUGAGUCCAAUGAUGACAAAGAUCAAAAGGAAAAGAACAAGCUACUUUCCCAGUUGACUCCGGUUGCCCACCAGAUUACUGGCGAGGGCUUCUGGAAUAAGACCAAAGAAAAUCAGACUGCGUUUGGGAUACCAUACGGCAUAUGGAAGGAUUCCGCAGCCCCAGGAAUGGGAGGCAUCAACAUCAUGGGUGCCGUGACGGGAAGCACAUUAUCGGCCAAAAGCUUUCUAGGCAGUCACUGCGGAGUCUUCCCGCUGCCUGUUGAUUUUCUGGAAGAGGUGACUACAAAAGUAUACCAGCCAUGCAUUCCGCAUAUAUUGAAUCUGUUUAACCAGGCCAAGGACGGCCUCGAGGGGAGAGCAGUAGGCAAUGAUAGCACGCCCAAUAAAGUGCCCGAUGUUAAGAAGCGGAAGUGGAGGUCCAAGUUCAUACAGGCGUCGACAGAUAGCUAUGAUAGACAGGGCAAGUUGAACAGGCAGCUUGGGCUGUCAGACUUCAUCGUGAAAGAGACUUUGACAGAUCCAACUUCGAAGUACUAUCCUCCCAAGCACCCUGAGCUGAACUAUUUCGGGUACCCUGACGACGAAGUGAAGCCAUGCAUCAGCGAUGCCAUUGACGAGGCUUUAGAAAAAAACGAGCGUCUCUUCCUCUCUCACUUCACCAGUACUACUCAUCAUCCGUGGAAGCUUCCAUAUGAAUUUGACCGUGAGAAGUAUACUGGUUCGAAGGGGAAAGCAGACCAUGACCGUAUGAAUAAUUAUUUAAACACCAUGCGAUACGAUGAUGCCUGGCUGGGCCAGAUAUUGGGUAUUCUUGACGAAAAGGGUAUAGCUAAUGAGACCUUGGUUGUUGUCCUGGGAGACCAUGGGCAAGCAUUCGAGGAAGACUCCCCAGUCCAGGGCACUUAUCAGAACGGCCACAUCAGCAACUUCCGCGUCCCCAUCGUCUUCCGCCAUCCGCUUCUUCCUCGCAUCAACGUGGAAGCAAACGCGACCUCAAUGAGCGUCCUUCCUACAAUCCUCGACCUUCUCGUGAACUCCAAGUCUCUCGAUGUUCAUGACACGUCCAUCGCUCAGGACCUGAUCCAUGACUACCAGGGCCAGUCUCUCAUCCGUCCCUUCAGGUCAGAGUACAAAGGCCGUCAGUCCUGGAACAUUGCGAUCAUCAAUGCAGGCGGGAAGAUGAUCUCAGUAUCGUCCGCAGCAACGCCAUGGCGAGUCAUAAUCCCGCUUGACGGCCAGUCGCAGUACAUCUUCAGCGAUCUCAGCACCGAUCCAAACGAACUCGACGUUCUUACUGGCUGGCGAGUCAGCUAUCUCCUCCCGGCCGUGAAAUCCAAACACGGCGCGGCUGCGAAACAGUGGCUCCAGGAGGCUGAUGAGGUUGCCAGCUGGUGGGCGACGGAGAUGCGUCACCUCUGGAACUACAACAAAGGCUCGAGCAGCUAG